GCUCCAAACGUCGAACGUGUUAAUUAGUCGGUCCGCAUUGCUUCCGCGAAACGAUCGCGCGUAGGCAGCUGGCAACGACGUCGAAAUAUCUUAACGCGACGCUUAACGAUUGGGUCAUUAGAGCGAGGCGUCGAUCGCAAUUAAUCGAGCCGCGGGCCAAUAAUCGCCGCGAUAUAACACGGGCACUGCCAAAUCGAGCUCGGCUAAUUAUCCGAGAGUAGCGAACGGGUGAUCGAUCGUGCAGAGAGCGUACGUACGGUGCAUUAAGGACAGGGAUUCGAGCGUCCAGGGACAUUCGAGCUAACUUUAGCCUUUAGCCGCCUCGAGUCGAAGACGUUACGUCGACAUAACGGCCACCAGUUUGCCCCGGUCCGUACGGUUUGCCCACGGAAAAUAAAACAGUUCUCUGGCCGCCAUCCGGCCGCAUGGAUAAGCCGAUAAUCGCGUGAUCACGCCGCGACGUCUCGAGCUUGCUAACACGACCAGCUAACUCGCGGUGGACCAGUGGGUGCGCGUGGGCGGUGGUGGGUGCCCCUCCUAGGAUCGUGUCCGAACACCUUGUCUCGCGUCCUUCCUCUCUCUUCCUUCUUCCCGCGAGUGUCACGUCAGCCAAGCGACACACCAACACCUCGCGAGAAUACAUGGAUCCAGCUCGGAAGCCGCCGAGGUUCCCUACGCUCGAGGAGCUGCAGGACAUCCGGUACAUGCUCCCACGAGGAUUGCUCCUGUAGAUCACCUCCAACCCGGGACCCUGGACUGGCGGAAACGGACGACGAGAUGGGAGCAACCGACCUGUCCGCCUCUACAGAGUGAUUCGACGAGAAUACAGUUUCCCCCGCCGGAACACCGAGAGAACCGCUCGAGGAUGGGCUUGAUGCUGUCCAUACUGAUCGGCUGCGUGGGCGCGUUGGAGCUGUUGGCGUGUCUACGUCACGUGACCGAUGGCGUGGUGAUCACCAUCGAUCAACCGGCCACCCCCUGCCUCGCGUACCACGAAGCGAGCGAUAACACGAGCAUGCACGACUCCAUCUGCAGCUACAGCCACUCGAGCGACGUGAAAUUACCCCGUGGCGCCAAGCACAAGUUGGAGAACCUCCACGAGUACAGUCUCAGGAUCAGAGCCGAGUUGCGCUCUCUGGACAAGGAUUUCGACUACAGCGCGCUGUCUCAAGGUAGCAGGGAGUUCCUCCUAGGUUCCAGAGCGAGUCCCGACUCCAGGCUGAGUCCCGAUUUCAACUAUCUCGUGGAGGCCAGCGAAUCUCUGGAGGAUCAGGUGGAACGGAAGAAGGACCGCAGGGGUAAAUACGAGAGAGAAACUUGCUACGAGGACGCGAACGAAAGUUGCAAGUUGGAGGGCAGUUCGAGAGACAGACCGCUGUCCCUACUAGCGCCGGAAGCUGAGAAGUACGUCAGGAUACCGACACCGGUUCCCUUCGACGUGGAGGACGACGAAUUCUCCGGAAGGAGCUCCGGAGCCUCGAGCGACGUCGGCACGUCGUUCGACAACGAUUCGGGAAACGAGGCGCCUACUCGCAAGUCCUUCGAGUCUAUUCCUGCGAUCAAACGGUACAAAAGUCCCUCGGAAGGUGGGUCCUCGAUAGACGAGUCGGACUACACGGAACGAAGAAAGGUUCUCAAGAAGCAAUUUAGGAAAUCACACUCCAAGUCCCCCGAGCCUGCAAGGUCCCGAGAACGUACAGAAUUCGUCGUCGAACGUUCCAAGAGCCCCGACAGCUUGGACGAGGCGGAAGCGUUGAAAAAUUGGGAAAAAUUGGAGCCUCCGACGAGAAUUACCAGUCAGAAGAAGGUCAUAAAGUCGUCGAGCACUAUCGUGAGGAAGCCUACGAGGCUAAAGUCGAAGAACGCGGAGGUGAGCAAGUCUGCGGAGAACUUGAGCGCGAAAAAGUCGAAGAAACAUCGAGAUCCGCAGAGAAGAAAGUCGGAUAUCUCCGUUCAGACCGCCGGCAGUUUUCUAAAAGACGAAUGGACCAACACCUCUCCGCCUGGGAGUCCGACGAAUCUGUCGAGAUCGGAGGAACUAGCCAGCGUGGAGGCUGUCGCCGGACUGGAGGAGGGCUCCGUUCUGGGACUGUCCGAGAGCAGAAGAGAUCGCACGUCUCGGGACCGUUUUGGCAGAAGGUCCUUUAAGAAUAGAAGAUUCGGCUCCAGGGACGUGGCCGUCGACGACGACCAGAGCAGCUUGGUGACUAACGCGACCGCUUCUGUAGAGAGGCCCAAGGAUGAGACGCGUUUGCUGAAAAUAUCGAGCUUCGAGGAGGCGGACCAGGAGGAUUACGAGAGGAUCCGCACGAUCCUGACGGACGCCGAGGUGAACGAGAGGAAGGGGAAGGGAGGGUCCAGGUCUGUGUCCUCGUUCGAGGACGAGGAAUUCUGGGACGCGGAGGAUGUGAGUGCCGGAACUACUGGACCGAUACUGUACUCGAUACCGGAUCCCGAUCGAAACAAAGCUUUCUGGGUAAUGACGAUGAUCUACGAAGCUCCUCCCGUCUCUCUCCGUGUGUACUACACUCGUUACACCCCGCUCACCCGCAAACACUUGUUACUACUCUGCUCACACUCUGCUCCAACUUUUUCAUUAGGCUUCUCUUUUCGGAACAUCCAGGACACUUUUCUCCGUAGAACCUAGCUUUUUGGUAGUUGUAGCGGUUUCUUUUCCUUCUUUCUAGCGAGAGUGCCACUUGAAUGUCAAUUGAAUACAUAUGUAAUUAAUACUACCUACUUACUACCUACAAAUUGCCCUUUCACGAAUACCCCUGGAAUAGCGGCGACGAAGCUCGUAAACGAUUCCAC